UCAGAUCCAGGAAGUGAUCAGUAGAUGUUUGCUGUUAUCCUUUUAAGAUAAUUUACUUUUAACACACCAGGAACAUAACAGUGAAAUCUGCUGAUUGUGUCAUCGACAAAAUGGCAGAAUCUUUUUCUGAUGAUCAAAAUCCUUUCAACUGUCCGAUCUGUCUUCAUCUUCUAAAGGACCCUGUAACUACAACUUGUGGGCACAGUUACUGUAUGAACUGUAUUGAAGAGUUCUGGGAUCGGGAUGGUCAGAAGGGAGUUUACAGCUGCCCUCAGUGCAGACAGACGUUCUCUCCAAGACCAGCUCUCAGCAGAAGCACUGUGCUGGCUGAAGUUGUAGAGAGAAUGAAGAGGACAGAACCAGAAGCUGUAAAAGCCUCAUCUUUGGGUGGUGCUGUGUCCGGGGAUGUGGAGUGUGAUGUCUGCACGGAGACAAAACUAAAAGCAAUCAAGUAUUGUCUUGUGUGUUUGGCUUCUUACUGUGAAACUCACAUCCAAACUCAUUAUACGUCUUCUGCAUUAAAGCGGCACAAACUAGUCAAUGCCUCGCCACACCUACAGCAGCAGAUCUGCUCUCAACACAAUAAACAACUGGAGUUGUACUGCUGCCAAGAUCAGCAGAUGAUAUGCAUGCAAUGUGCUUUAAUUAACCACCAGAAUCAUAAAAUAGCUUCACCUGCAGCACAGAGAAAAGAAAUACAGGGACAAUUGGAAUCAAAUCAGGAUGGCCUACAAGAGGAAAUGCAUCAGCGAGAGAUGAAAAUACAGGAGUUAAGGCAAGCUAUGGACUCUCAUAAGCGUUCAGCACAGGCUGUGGUGGAGCACAUUGAGACAAUCUUUACAGAUCUGAUCAGCUCCAUGCAGAAAAGACUAGCUGAGAUCACAGAGAUUAUCAGAGCUCAGGAGAAGAAUGAAGUGAGAAGGGCCGAGGAGCUUAUAAAUACAUUGGAGCAAGAGAUCAGUGAUCUGAAGAAGAGAACCAAUGAACUGGGGCAGCUUUCACACAUCGAGGAUGAUGUCCAUUUCAUUCAGAAUUUCUCUUCUUUUUCCCGCUACCAAUGUUCAAGCGUGUGCAGCAUCUCUGUCAAUCAACAUCUGACGUUUGAGGAAAUACAAACAAUUGUCUCUGAGCUGAAAAGACAACUGGACGAUCUCUGUGAAGAAGACUCUGUCAGGAUAUCAGAGAAAGUUCCUGCUGUCCAUAUAAUGGCAAACAAUGAAAAGAUCACAGAAUAUUUGCCAUCUCAGCCCAAGACCAGAGAAGAGUUCCUUAUAUAUUCCACUGAUUUGAAUCUGAAUCAGUCAUCAGCCAGCAAUAAUCUCUCUAUACAAAACUGCAAGUCUGUGUCAAGGAAUGAUUCUCUACAAAACACUGCCUUUGUCAAAUAUCCCCCUAUUCCCAUAAGAACCAGUUACAGCAGUUAUAACAGUAUGGUUACAUAUCAGGUGUUGUGUAAUGAGAGUCUAUCUGGACGCUGUUAUUUUGAAGUUCAGUGUCAAGGAACAGGUUGCUCUAUUGCAUUCUCAUAUGACCAGAUUCAACACGGAGGAAAUUUUACCUUUGGAUGCAACAACAGAUCCUGGAAAUUUGACUUUCCAUUGGCUAAUGCUUGUGUAUGGCAGGAUAACAAAAAGACUAACAUUUCCCUAAUUUCUAAAAUUGGAGUGUUUCUGGAUCAAGAGGCGGGAAUUGUGUCCUUUUACAAUGUCUCUGACAAAAUGACCCUCCUUCACAGAUUCCAGACCACAUUCACUGGGCCCCUCUAUCCUGGGUUUUCACUUCAGCAAUGGGCAAAUUACUCAUCAGUGGCAAUUUGUGAUUUACCAUUUACAAAAAAAACUGAGAAGAUCUAA